AUGGUCGACAUAAAUGCAGACAAGUUAUCAGGAAGAAAAUACUACAAGGAGCAUAUAAAGGGGUUGCUAGACGACACAUUGCGGCGAGUUGUGGAGAAUAUCGAGGCUGAUCGAACAUAUGUACGACGGAACCAGCCUGAACCGUGGUUGGUGACGGUGCCACGAAUAUGCAGUUUCAUAGCAACGGUUGUAUUCACGCUUUACAAAGCUGACGCUGGGUUCACUGACUUCUUUAACAUUGGGUACGGCGUGAAACGAAAAACAGUGGGAGAUAUGGUCGAAUGGAUCGAGACUCUCCUGGAGGCCCGGUUCCACACGUCGCCACCGUUCACAAUAUUGCACUUUGUAGAAACGAUGGUGUUUCUGACGGAGGGCUUGGACAGACCGCUAGAACGGGACUUGACGUUCGACUACGAUGGGUUGAAGUUCUACAGGAAGAAGGUGAACAAUCUUGUUUGCGACGAACAGUGCGACGACGAAGUGAUGAACAUGUAUUACGAGGAGCAGGAGACUUGCGAGUACUCGACGAACAACAUAUAUGCGGUGAAGUAUCUUCGAGCGUUGAUCAACAUCUUGUCUGUCGAGAGCAGCGUCGACGAGGUGAUGAACGACUUGGACAGCUUCCGCUCGCAAAACGCUUUGCGAAUAGAGGGCGUAGGCGUGCCGCCGCCGGUGAACGAUGACGGUUCGGCAAACUACAUAAAGUUGACGAAGAUACCGUGGCACGACGACGCCAGUGUUCUGCCUGGCACGACAAACGAGGACGACGGCAAGGAUCCCGUUUGA